GUACUACAUGUUCCUAUCAGUAUCACUGUAUCAGCGAGUUUUGGAACUCAGUUAGUGAGAUCUUUACUUCCUUUGAACGUGCAGUUCUGGUGUAAAAGAUAUAGCCAUAUCUCCUUCAGAUUAAAGUGCAGGUCAAGAUGCAGCGGCCAUUGGCGGAGUUUUCCCAGACUCAGCAGCAGCGAGUGAUCCUUGCCAAGGCGAAAUGCGCUGAAAUCACGUCGCAACACAAAGCGACGCAAGCGGCUCAGCAGCAAGCAGCCAUGGCGCCACACAUACAGCGGGUUAUGAUGGUACAGGAGACAGCCCAGAGGCAGCGUGCUUUCCAGCUCAUGUGCAGAGUGUAUGUGGGCAGUAUUAGCUUUGACAUGCGUGAAGACCAGGUUAGGCAAGCAUUUGUCCCAUUUGGACCGAUCAAGUCCAUCGACCUGGCCUGGGACAACGUCACGAUGAAGCACAAGGGAUUCGCUUUUGUGGAGUAUGAAUGCCCGGAAGCCGCUCAGCUGGCGUUGGAUCAGAUGAACGGCGCACUCUUAGGUGGCCGAAACAUUAAGUGUGGACGUCCCAGCUCAAUGCCGGCCGCAGCUCCGGUGAUUGCUCAGCUGACGGCCGAGGCGGAGGCCUACAAUCGCAUCUACGUGGGUUCGGUGCAUGCAGAUCUGAGCGAGACCGACCUACGCAGCGUCUUUGAAGCGUUUGGCAAGAUCACCUCACUGCAGCUUGCACCAGAUGCCAUGCCAGGGCGACACAGGGGAUUCGCGUUUGUGGAGUUUGAAACGAAACAGUCCUGCGUCGACGCCACACAAGCUAUGAAUCUGUUUGACCUUGGCGGCCAGUACCUCAGAGUUAGGCAGGCCAUGACUGCCCCGGUACCGAUUGGUGCCACACCCGGCAUGCCCUUCUUACCACCAGCCUCUGCCACACCGUCAGUGAACCCCGCAGUCGCCGCCAACAGUGCACCGCUUGUCGCUGCACAGAUACAGUCACAAAUCGGAGCCAAUGCUGGUCCUACACUGACAGGCCUGGGUGGCAUGGGUGGCAUGGGAUUGGGAGCUGCAGCUGGCAUUGGCUCAGUCUCCGGUCUGGGUGCUGCUCCCGGCGCACCAGGUGCAGCUAACCCGGCCAAUGCUGCCAUGGGAGGACUUCAGGCACAGCUACAGAUGCAGCAGCAGGCUGCUCAGCUCCAGCAGCUGCAACAGGUCGCACAGCUGGCACAGAUGCAGGCGCUCGGCGGCAACGCAGAUCCGUCGACGGCCGCUGCAGUGGCGGCCGCAGCGGCUGCAGCAACGGCCGGAGCUACUGCAAACACUACUGCUGCUGCAGCGCCAGCGCAGAUGAUGAUGAUGGCACCAGCCCCGGUAGAGGCCAUGUCAGCGCCGAUGCCGGUUGCUAGAUCCGAGUCUUGCGUAGUGAUGCUUCGUAAUAUGGUCACCCCGGAUGAGCUGGAUGAGGAGCUGGAAGGUGAAGUGCAGGACGAGUGCUCUCGCUAUGGCAACGUGCGCCGCGUCGUCGUGCACACGCAGGAGGUGGACGGCGAGAUCACCGUCAAGAUCUUCGUCUGCUUCACCGAGCCAGAGGAGGCAGAGAAGGCCCGUCAGUCACUGGCCGGUCGUUUGUUCGCCGGCCGUACGGUACAUGCUGAGAUUUUCGACCAGGCACGGUUCGACGCCGGGCAGCUGAAUGGCUGAAGAUUUCGCCGUGUUGACCGCUCGCUAGGCGAGAGAUGACGUCGCAGUGGAAGCAACUGCGUCCUCCCCUUUUUUACUGUGAUCUUGGACUUCGUUGGCAUCAACGUGAUAACAUUGUGUGUGUAUCGCAUAGAAUUCCACACACGUAUUAUGCUGUAUGGUGGCCAUCGGAGCAGGAGCCAUACUUAGUAGUGAAGAAAAAACACUCGGCAACUCCAUGUUUGGCGUUGUCCUGAUGCCGAAUAUGGUAGCCCUCCUCGUGCCACCAUCAUGUCAUGGUCGCGGGCAGCCUGUCUGUAAUUGCCGGUCUUGUUGUCCCGGAUACGGUUCACUAUAGUCCCGGACCGGCCGUCCUUUCUUCCCAGUUCUUCGUCAGUGUCUGCUCUUUGUUUCGUCGUCGUCGUGGUAGUAGUACGAGUUUAUCUGCAUGUUUGCACACAGCGCACACCCCCACCAUUGAGGCUGUGUGCACCGCACACCCCCACCAUUGAGGCUGUGUGCUGCUUCGUCGUCGUCGUCUGCUGUGCCUGUUUUUGAGCUUUCUCUGUAGAUUUUGGUUCGUUUGCUGUUGCUGGCUACCUAGUUCUCCAGUGUCUGUUUUGCUUUGUGCAGUGCGUGCUCUCGACAUCUCGGUCUCCCUGCA